CCAGAGCAGACCCAGAUGCUGCUGGUUUUAAAGAUCAACAUGCUGGCCAGGGGCCACAGUGGCAUCUCUACGGACACCAUCCAGAAGAUGAUAGAGGCCUUCAGUGCAUCCUGCCUCCCCAGUGUCCCAGAGAAGGUCACUGUGGGGGGUAGUGGAGAUCUCGCUCCCCUGGCCCACCUAACCCUGGGGCUGAUGGGAAAAGGAAUGAUGUGGUCCCCCAAGAGUGCCUGGGCAGACGCCAAAUAUGUGAUGAAAGCCCAUGGACUGACACCAAUAUCACCGAAACUGAAGUAGGAAUUGGCUCUGAUUAAGGGGAUCCAGCUGAUCACAUCUCUUGGGGCAGAAGCUGUUGAGAUAGGGCAGACCAUCGCCAGGCAGGCUGACAUCAUUGCAUCUCUCACAGUGGAGGUGCUACAGAAAACCAGCAAAGCCUUGAAACGUGGUGAGGGAGACCCCUUGUGUCAGAUUCUGAAACUACAAAAUAAGGUCACGUUAAAGAGUAAAGCAGUUCUUAAAAUAGAGGUUAAUAAUAAGACAUUCAUUUAUAAGUGUUAA